CACAGGCAGAUCAGUGAACACAGACAAUACCUCACCUGUAACUUGAAUCUUUGCAUCUCUGAUACACACAUUCCAAUUGAAAGAUAGAUACACACACACCAGACACACUGCUUCAAAGGUAUUCACUGACAGUAAGCAUUUAUUUGUAACACCUCUUCUGGGUUAUCUUUUGAAUGAUAAUUGCCACAGGAUGACUGACCCAGGUUAGAUGAUAAGACAAGAGGCAACCCAGCCCACAUUUCCAGUUGAACUUUCAGGUGUGUUAAUCAUGGCAGUUAGACAGACUGGGUGUGAGAGAGAAGCCUGCGGCUACACACAAAGACACACGCCCUUGUUAUUCCCACGCUGAUAACUAGUGCUAUGACUGACGUCCUCCCCGGCAGCCAUGCCAGAACUCCAGAGCCAGAGCUCCGCCUGGUCCUCCUCGGGACCAUCGGCUGUGGCAAGACCCUGUCAGGAGACACCCUCCUGGGCCAGUCCUCCUCCGGCUCUCCUUCCUCCUCUGGUUCUUCCCCCAGGCUUUGCCAGCUGAGGCCUGGGGCCUCCGAGGGCCGGAGGUUGACCGUGGUGGAGGCCCCUCGCUGGUACUGGAGCGGGGGCCACAUGGAGGCUGGGGUGAGGAAGGAGACAGAGAGGGUACUUGAGCUGGCUGCCCCGGGGCCACACGCCUUCCUGCUGCUGGUUCCUGUCGGCCAGUUCACAGAGGUGGAGCACAGAGUGCCCGCUGAGCUGGAAGAGGUGUUUGGGGAGGGGGUGUUGAAACACACCCUGGUGCUGUUCACCUGUGGAGACUACCUGAUGGGCCAGGGGGCGGGGCAGUACCUGGAGGGAGAGGACCCUGGGCUCAGGGAGGUGAUUGACAGGUGUGGGGGCCAAUACCACGUCCUCAACAACCGCCGACCGCAGGACAGGGAGCAGGUCAGGGAGCUGCUGGAGAAGGUGGAGGACAUGGUACAAAAUAACAGAGGAUGCUACAUACGACAAAACACCCUGCAGAGAGAGAUGGAAGAACAAGGGAGGGAGAGAGAGAGGGAACUGAAGGAGAAGGUGGAAGAACAAGGGAGGGAGAGAGAGAGGGAACUGAAGGAGAAGGUGGAAGAACAAGCGAGGGGGAGAGAGAGGGAACUGGAAUCUAGACACGUCACCAACACAGAGACACGCAGAUAUUGGGGAAACAGGAAAAGAGAGGUUACACCUAACUCUGUUAUAGAGAGGAGAAGAGAGGAAGAGAGGGAAGUGAUCAAGAGGAAAAGGGAAGAGAUGGAGAGGAAAAGAGAAGAAGAGAUUGAGAGGAGAAGGGAAGAGGGGGAAGAUAUGGAAGAGAAAGUGACUGUGAACUGUCUUCAAUCAACACCAGCACAACAGCAGCAGUCAAAAAAGCCCCAGAAUGGUGGUCCAGCACUGUUCACAAGGAUCCCUAGUUUCCAUCUGACUGAAGAGGGCGAUAUACUCUCACAGCUGUCCGAAAUCGAAGCAAAACCAGCCCAGAAAGUUGUUAAUACCUUCUGCCACAGAAUCAACAGCAUUGGAGAGAAGACAACCACCUCCUCCUCCUCCCAGUCAGAGUUGCGUGUGGUUCUGCUGGGUAGGUCAGGGUCAGGGAAGAGUGCAGCAGGUAAUAUCAUACUGGGGCGGGAGGAGUUUGUGUCUCGACCAGACAUUACCACAGCCGUCACUCAGGACUGUCAGAAGAGCAGGGCCCUCGUUGCCGGGAGACGGGUGGCAGUGGUGGACACUCCAGACUGGUUCCGCUCCGAGCACCCUCCCGAUGUGGUCCGUUCCCAGCUGUCGUCCUGUGUGGCCCUCUCGGCCCCUGGCCCCCACGCCUUCAUCCUCUGUGUCCCCGUAGACCAACCAGCCCAGGCAGAGCUGCAGGCUCUAGGGGCCCUAGAGAAAGUCUUUGGUCCCGGGGCGGUCCGGACCCACACCCUGGUCCUCUUCACUCACUCCGAUCGGUUGAAGGAGAGCGGGAAAGUGGGAGUGGAAGGAGUGGAGAAGUAUAUCUCCAGCCAGAGGAGAGAUUUGUUAGAGUUGGUUAAACGAUGUGGGGAUCGGUAUCAUGUGAUGGAGAGAGGGAGCGGAGGAGAAGGCGAGGAGGAGAGGAAGAGGAGGAGUGUGGGGGAGUUAUUGGAUAAGGUGGAGCAGACGGUGAGAGAGGGAGGAGGAGAGUGUUUCUCCUGUCCGCUCUUCCAGGAGGCGGAGGAUAGGGUGAGACAGAGACAGGAGGAGAUAGUGAGGGGACAGAUGCUUAUGCUCAUCUACAAUGCCCUAGAAAAGCCCCAAACUUGGCGGCCAUGGAGCGCACCACUGUUGGCCUGCGGAGGAGGGAGCCGGCCGUGGGUGGAGCCAGCCAUGGAGCGCACCACUGUUGGCCUGCACCGAGAGCCGGCCGUGGUGGAGCCGGCAGUGGUGCGCACCACUGUUGGCCUGCGCAGUGCCGGCCGUGGUGCGCACCACUGUUGGCCUGCACGGAGGUGCCGGCCGUGGUGCGCACCACUGUUGGUGCAUGCUCAGUUAGCCUGCACGGAGGAGCCGGCCGUGGUGCGCACCACUGUUGGCCUGCACGGAGGAAGCCAGGGCCAGGUUGGCAGUCAGAGAUGGAGGCUAGAGGCAGAGGCAAUAAGGUUAUGUAACCAGUCCUUCCUGUUGUGUCAGAACGACGGGUGUGGUGGGGUCUGA